CGCGCUGCCCCGCGGCACCAGGGGAGGCUGCCCGCGUCCUCCCCGGCAUGGGGGUCGGGCUGGGGCCGGCACCCCGCGGGCGGCGCUGACCGGAGCGGCACCCGCCGCUGCCGCCGCUCCCUCCCCCGCGCCCGCAGCCCCUCGGCGGGGAGGCCGGGCGGCGGCGGCCGGCGCCCGCGGGCGGGCGGGCAGCGCGGGGUUCGGCGCAGCGGGGCUUGGGACCCGGAAGCAGAAGCGGGGCCGGGAGGCGGCUGGAUGGGAAGGAGCGGCGGUGGGCGGCGAUGGGGGAGCAGCAGAGCUCGCUGAGCACCCCGCGGGCGGCCGCCGCGCCGCCGAGCCCGGUCGGGGACCCGCGGGAGCCCGGCCCGGACGAGCCGCCUUCGCCGCGAGAGGCGGUCCCGGGCGGCGGGGCGGCCGGGCCGGGGCGCGGCGGAGAGCCGCCGCCGGCCGCCGCCGGCCCGGAGCGGCGAGGAGCCGAAGAGGAGGCGGAGGCGGCGGCCGGGCCGGAGCAGCCGCCGGGCUCGGGGGAGCCGGCAGCCCCGGCGGAGGAGGGGCCGGAGGGAGGCAGCGGCCGCCGCCGCCCCCCCCGGCGGCACGUGUACUGCACCGUCUACUGCGUGGAGAAUGACCGGCCGGUGGCGGCCCCCGGCUCCCCCCGCGGCGGCCCGGGCGUGGGGCAGCCCCCCGCGCGGCGCGGGGUGGUGUCGGGCGAGGACCCGCUGUCGUCCGCCGGGAGCAUCGAGGUGGUGGACUUGUACCUGCUGCCCGAGCCCUUCUCCGGGCUGAUCGCGGGCGAGUUCGGGCCGCUGCUGGUGCUGAGCUGCCGCGUGUGCCUGGAGGAGAAGCCCAUCAAGCCCCUGUCCUGCUGCAAGAAGGCGGUGUGCGAGGAGUGCCUCCGGCGGUACCUCAGCUCCCAGGUGCAGCUGGGCCAAGCGGAUAUAAAAUGCCCCAUCACAGAGUGCAGCGAACACCUGGAUGAAACAACUGUCCUCUAUAACCUGCCCCAUGACGACAUCAUCAAGUAUAAAUACUUCCUGGAACUCAGCCGCAUUGACUCCAGCACCAAGCCAUGCCCUCAGUGCAAGCACUUUACAACCUUCCGGAGGAGAGGCCACAUUCCUACCCCUGCCAAAUUGGAGAACAAAUACAAAAUCCAGUGUCCAUCUUGCCAAUUUGUCUGGUGUUUCAAGUGCCACUCUCCCUGGCAUGAAGGCGUUAACUGCAAAGAAUACAAGAAGGGAGACAAGCUGUUACGUCACUGGGCCAACGAAAUCGAACACGGGCAGAGGAAUGCCCAGAAGUGUCCAAAAUGCAAGAUCCACAUCCAGAGAACCGAAGGGUGUGACCACAUGACCUGUUCACAGUGUAACACUAAUUUCUGUUACCGUUGUGGGGAGAGAUACCGUCAGCUCCGCUUCUUUGGAGACCACACGUCAAACCUCAGUAUCUUUGGAUGCAAAUACCGCUACCUCCCCGAGAGACCACAUUUAAGGAGAUUAGUGCGAGGCUCUGUCUGUGCUGGAAAACUACUCAUUACACCCGUAAUAUUGGUUCUGGGGCUGGCACUGGGAGCCGUAGCUGUUGUAAUAGGUUUAUUUGUGUUUCCUAUCUAUUGCCUUUGUAAAAAGCAGAGGAAAAGGUCACGGACAGGUAUGCCCUGGUGAGGAUGGACAUUACUCGCCUGAACUGAGCUGGUCCUGCAAGGGCUAUCCGUGUUUUGUGCAACAGAGCAAUACAGUGCUGGUUACAGCAUCAAAGCCACCGCCCUGGAAGAAGGAUGGGGGCUCUCCUGCCAUCUUCCCUCAGCUGAAAACACUACUGCAGACCAGAAAGCCUCUUUGCUCUGGAGCACUCUCAACAAGAUGAGCCCCCUGACUGCUGCUUUUUAAAUGUCUUUGGUUUUGUUUUUUUUAGUUAUUACUUUGGAGGGGUUUUUUUGAGUCUAAGUUUCUGAACCAGACAAUCCAAGUCUGUAUUGUAGCCACAACUCUACUACCGAUUUGGCCUGUGAAGAAAGCAUUUAACUGCUAACAUGUGCUCAUUUAACUUCAGUGUCGGCCUUUAAGGUGGAAAUGCUUAGAAGUGUUUGGACUCUUACUGUAUACUGAGCAUACUACUUUUGGUAUUAAAAACUACUUCUGUAAAUAACUUCCAUCACACAGCAUUCUGUUCAGCAUACCGAAACCCCAUCACAUGCCAGAGCACGACAGCUGGUUAUCUUCUGAGUCCUCCUGCUAGUGGAGUGCACAUUGCCACCGCCAAACUGCAGUGCCUCAGAGGGAAAUACCCUUAGUACUGAAGCGCCAUGAUACUUAAGAAUAUGGUAAUCGGUUUCACUUCAAUAAUUUAUUUAUGACAGUCUAUUAAUAUUAAUGGCAGAGGGUGUGACAAGAUUUCUUACAACAGGACUUCAUUUUUAAAUUCUCACAGUGCAGAAAUAAUCUGAAGGGUUUAGAUAACAAGAUGUGUCAGUGGCCUAAUCUGUCCCAAGAUAUCCCUGAAAUGUGUGUUCAGGGAAGCUGGAAACCUGCUCUUUUUAUUCUGACCUGAAAUAUGAUACACGUUACACACUACCUGUGUGAGGAUUGACUUGAUGAAAUUUUAUAGCCUAAAUAGCACAUUUUGUUUGUUUGUUCCCUUGAGUAGACUACUACUACAUGAGUCUUGGAAUAUCCACUGAUGUCUUACAAGGAAAAUCUGUGAAUCCAGGGUAAGGGAAGUGAUCAUAAAUUCUUAGGAGACCACUUCAUUCUUAUUUUCUGCUUCCAGUGUUUCUCUUCCUGACGCAUGACAGUUCUGAAGAGAAUAGCUAUCUUUGCUCUUUUUUCCUUAAGUUCAACUGUUUGCUACCAAGCCUCUUUCUCAGUGCAUCACAACACAAGCAAUGUAAUUCAGCAUAAGGAGUCAAUUACUGAGAAUUUUUACGCUUUUAAUUUUAAUCCAAACCUAUCAUACAAAUAUAACUUAAAAAACUAGAAUAAAGUUGUUUAGACAGAACACUGAAACAAUAAAGAAAGGAGCUGAAUUAAAAAAAUAUCUACUUCAUACUGUAGAAAUACAAGCUAAUCAUAAAGAAAAGAUUAGAUUUGUACUGUGAAGGUACUUCUUUUCAGUUUGUGUGUUUGAAGAUACACAUAUAUUUAUAUAUAUAUAGGUUUCUGUAUAUAUGGGGAAAGGGGAAGCAGGAAGAGGGGAAAUGUUCUUAAGAGUCUACUGACUUCAAAAUUUAGGCUUGCAAAAAACAUAUCAUUUAAGAGGAUGUACUUUGUACCACUUCCUUUGAAAAUUUUUGUUAAAUCUGAAUCCAGUUGUAAUUUUUAAUAGUGUUCUGCCCCGCCAACAUAAUACUGUUACAAGAUACUUUGACUUCGAAGCCUCAGUGGAAGAAGCUGUUAACUUUUGUUUACCUGGAAACACAAAUAUCAGUUUACCAUAGUUGAAUAGUGUGCUUGUUUUCUAUCAGCUUCUGGUUUUGUUUUCUUGCAUUCUUUUUCUUCAAGCACACCAUAGUAGUCAAUAACUAUUUAAUAAUUUCCAUUUGAGUUUAAGGGCAAGUUUACCCUAUUAUCCUAAUAGUAGAUAUAGUACCUUUCAAUGAUUUGAAAAUUAAGAAGGGAGGCAGUGGUAUUUAUGAAUAAAAUUCAAUGCCUAUUGUCAAUGCAAAUUCACCUGUUAUUUAGACUUACUUUCUUCUGAGACACAUCAGUUUUCUUUUUGUGUUCUGUCUGAAAUUUGAAGCUGCCUUAAAAUUGGUCUUGGUUUUGAGUGUGUUUUCUGAGGCUAUACAUAUCAGUUGUCUUUGGCUUACUCAGGGAUUUUUAUUCCUCUCUUUAAAUGUCAAAUAAUGAAGAUAUUUUUGUAUUAUUUAGAAAAACCUUCAGACCUCAGAAAGCAAGAUAUCUAUAGAUAGAUUUGGGUUUGCAAUGCAGUCUAUAACUUGGUGUCAAACUAUUCCACUUGAGAAUAUUUUAGUACUUGAGAUUAUCUGUACUUAACUACGCAGUGGAUUAAUUUCCUUUCUUUUCCUGGUUCUGUAUAAAUGUGAGAGAUAUUCUUAUAGUCUUUGUAGCUGUUUUCACUCUGCCAUGUUUGCCUUUUUCAGUUUUUAACUAGAGUUCAGUAAGAUCUGAAACUAAGAUGCUAGAAUAAAGAACAUAAAAGGGAAGAUAAUAGAUCUGCACUUACUUCUAUUCAGAAAGUAUGUCCUUGUGGACGGAGAAAAGGAACAUACAACUCAGCUCCUACAUUAUCAUUUCAUCUAGGCCAUUUUGAUUUUCAGGACAGAUUAAAUCAAAGGGAAAUGGUUCUUCAUUUUCUAUACAGAGCAGAAAGAGACAUCUUUGACCUUGUAAAGAUGAGUGAGUCUGAUUGUGCUUUUUCUGCAGAGAAAAAAAAGGAAUUACAAUAAUUUUUGCAAUUAAUAAUUUUGCAAUUGCAAGGAAUUAAAAUAAUUUGUUCUGUAGAACGGGAUAAAUGUUCAAGAACCAGGCAGAAUAAGGAUAUGGAAGUCUUCUUCCAUCUGUAUGAAAAUACUCCCACUUGAAAAGUACUUAAAUACAAGUUUUAUCAAUAUUAUGUAAUAUAACCUACUAAAGCUUGAGAAGUAACUCAGUACAAAGCUUCAUUUGGUUAAACGUUGGCUUUUAAGCAACUCAUCACAGCAAACAUUACAUGCAUCAAAGCCAUGUCAUUUGUUUUAAAAACAUUAAUUUAUUCUUUUGAAAGAAACUGAAUGAACUUUAUAAGGAGAAUUAUGUAAAUGUAUUGUGAUUUUUUGUAGCUAAAGGAACCAUUGGGCUGUUCUACUCCAUGUUUAUUAGCAGAAAACUUCAUCAGGCAGCUAUAUUAACCUGCUAAGGCAGAUUCCACACUACUGUAUGCUGAUCAUCAUGGUCAUUGUAUUUGCUUUCACGGCAGUUGAUAUUUAAGAUUAUUUAUCUUUGUUGCAAGGAUGUUGCUCAUCAGUGCCUGUGUUCAGACUAGGAAAUGCUUAAACUGUUCUACACUAGCCUUCUGUUCCAAGCUUGCUGGGGCUGGAUUUGCCUGUGUGCUCAGUCCUGCGUGCAGGCACGCAGUCAGAGCUGGGGCUCUCCCCAUCCUGUGCCAUGGCUGUGUUCCCCAUCCUGCUCCUGCUGGGAGGGCUGGCUGGACACAUUACCUGCCAGGAGCUGCUCUCCCUUUCUCCACAAUGGGAAUUUAGUUGUAUUUCAGUAGUGGGGUCAAGUCCCAGAGCUACUCAGCCAUAUCAGCAGCAGGAUCAUUUUGUGUCCUGUGGCAUCUGAAAGCACAAUUUAGGUAUAUGUACAGUUUAUCCAGGAGCUUGUGACUAGCAAGUAAUUGUGCUUUUCCUUAUGUAAGUCUAUUAGCUAGUGAGAGUAAAAAGCUUGAGUGGGAAUACAAGCAAGAAGCAGAAAAACACUUCCAAGUAGCUUUGUGCUGAGCUGACCCAUCAGGCUUAGUUCUGUACAAAAAAGUCAGUGAGUCUUUAGUUCUCACCACCUCUAUAAUAAACAGCAUAUUCCUACCUGUUCAGUGUCAUUAAAGUACAGUGCACUUUGAGUGAUCUAUUAUCUUCCUUUAAGGCAGUGCAAAUGUGUAACAGAAGAUUUUGUGUUUGGUUUUGAUGCUCCUAAUGCUGACUUAGUAACUCUUCCUGGUGUGUUAAGAGUUUUUUGUAAUUUACACCUAUUUAUUAAUUAUAAAAAUUUUUCUUUAUUAAAAAUAUUAAUUUGCAGGGACUACUGCCAAUUUUAACUAGAAAGCAUUUUGGAUCACUGUCAGGUAUUCAUUUUAGCCAUGAGGAUUUUUGCUCUUCCAAAGACUGUCCAAAGUUUGUGUGAUGUUAAAUGGUGUGUAGGUGGGGCAGUAAUUCUCCCAGAGGAUACAAAUCCACUAGUGAUGGAAUGGUUUCUUACGCCAGUUAGAUUUGAGAAACUGGUUAAUAUUUAGUGGCCAAAUAGAUUGCCAUACAAAUUCUUGGUUGGUUCGUUAGUUGUUUGGUUUGGUUGUUUUUUUUUUAUUCAAUUGUGUUAUUUUGUUUCUUGAGCAAACAAACGUUACAUCAUAAUUUUUGGUAUGCUAAUUGUGCAGGUUCAAGUUGUGGAUAAGAACCACAGAUUGCUGUUACUGUUAUAAUCUAUAUUAGAUCUCUGCUGAUGGAAAGAAUCCUACAUGAGGAAACUAUUAGGUAAUUUCUUACUUUCUUUUAAGCCUUAUAGUUGCAGUGAGUUAGCUUCAUUCCUGACAUCAGUCACAGCCCCAUUAAACCAGAGAAAACUAUUUUUAUGCCAGUGUGGAAUUUAGUUACAAAUACUUUUAUAAAAACAUCUGAAAGCAUAUUGAUAGCCAUGGAAAACCUGUUUCACUUCUUAAGAAGUGCGAACUACUAUGGAGCCACUCCUCUCAUUGCAGAACAAUUCAUUGUGUUUAGUAAGCACAGGAAAGGGAAGGAGUUGGGAAGAAUUUCCCAACAACAUUCUCAUUAGAGCAGAUUGUCAGGAGAGGGUUCACUAGCUUUUAAUAUAAUAAAGAAACCUUAAUGAUUUGAGUCACUAAUAAAAUUAGAAACAACACCCAAAGACAACAUUAAAUAAAUUUCUUCAAAUUCACUUUCUUUAAUGUAACAAAUAGUAGCACACUGUAAGAAAGGAAUUGCAGCUGUUCAGUAUUUUUAGGACUUAACACACAAACUCGAGGGUGCACAACAUCUAAAAAGUUAUGUUGCUGAUGUAUUUGGUAGUUUAUCUUGCUACUGUUACAUGAAAACAGCUGAGCCUUGGUUCAAUUAAAAGACAGUGUUGUCGUUGUUACAGCUUGAGUACUUAACACUCCAAAACAUUUUUGUAAUAAAACUAACAAAUGCAGUUGCUUGCAGACUGAAACUUCCUCACUGAUUCUUCCUUACCUUCCUGUGCAUAAGAGUUCAGGAACCAUAUGUUCUCUCUGCAGUAAGGAACAGACUGCACAUAUUAGGCAAUCACUGACGCUUCUCUUCUCUUGGCCUAAUAGUGAAAUGCCAUAAGGUAGGGAAAUGAAAACUGAUCUUAGAGUGCAUGCUCUGAUUUCAAAGUUAAAAAUGUGUAAUAAGCUUUAAUUACUCCAUAGCAAAAAAUAAAUACAUAUAUUUUGAAACAUAAUUCCAGCUGUUAAUUUAUAAAUCUAUCUGUAUAACACAAUAGGUAUAAUAGUGAUUUCUUUAUGAAAAUAUGGAUAUUGGGCAAAAUGAAACCUUUUUUGGUGCUUAUUUGGCUUAUCAAAACAUGAAAAAUUAUCUGAAGUGUUUGGAUAGAUUAAAGUCAGAAGAGAAGCCUAUUGUGUAAAAAUAUUUGUUUAGCAUUAAUGUGAAUUUUGCACAUAUCUUAAACGCAAUUGCACGCUAACCCCAUUCAGUGUUCACCUUGUUGAAAAUUUGUCAGACUGAAAACAGUAUUUUUGAAAUUUUUAAUUUACUGUCACAGAGCAUGAUGUUACUAACACAAUGCCACAUUUACCUCAUUUUUAGAAGGAAAUAAUUUACAGAAUUCAGAGAAGCUGUUCAGGUGUUUUAAACCCAUCCUGUAAAACUAUGAUGCAGUCAGAAAACAUCUUCAUGCCUUAUGCAAGCUCUGGGUGAGCAGAUGGAUUCAGUCUUUAGUCAUGGACUAUGUUUUUGCAUUAAAAAUGCACUCUUAAGAGUUUUUCAUAUCAAUUUGCAUCCUGCUGUUUUGUGUCCAGAAAUUACAAGGACAGGGAUAGAUUUAUGUUUCACUGUUUACCGUCUAACAAUAAAUUGUUUACCAUGUUUCCAUUCUUAUACACUUUAUUUGUAUGCGCUCCUUCUCGUUCUAAAUUUCAUCAUUUGAAACUAACUCAUGAAAAUGGUUGAUGAUCAAAUUGGACCUGUAAAAUGUGAUCUCAUAAGAAGCUGCUUUGUUAAUGCUUUGCUGAGAUAUAAGCAAAAUAUUAAUUUUGUUGUAUUUACAUUACUUAAAAGCAAGAUGCUGAAAUCUGUUUUUCUUCAGGGCUUUUAAUUUUGAAUUUUUAAAAAAUUACUUAAACAGCACAGUUAUCUUUGUUACAUAACUAACCAUCUGAGUACACGAUAACAUUUUUGGGUAUUUGUUAAUUCUUGUCACUAUGGUAGAGAUGAGAAUAGUGUUGAAAAAAAGAAAAAAUUAUCUCUGAGGAGUACAAGCUGAAUUUAAUUCCAUGACAGUUCAAUGAGAAGUCUUCCCUUGCCCCCAUCUCUUGUUUUGUGUAUUUUAGGGUGAAGGGUUCCCUUUAAAAUAGGCUUAAUUUGAAUGGCAAGAGGUGAGGGUUGUGAGAUAAUAGAUCACACCCUUUUUAGUGUACAGGCUUCUGGCACAACUAGGGUGCUGGCCAAACACUGUGGAUUCAUUAAGAAAGCAAUUUCUAGUUCUGCAUUUGGGCAGCAUACAAGCUAGAUGCAUCAGUGAUGGGAACUUUUUGUAGUAUAUUUAUGGGAUGACUAAGAACUUGUAAAAACUGGAAGAAGGCAAUGCCCAUUAAAGCAACACUUGAAUUCCAGUAUUUAGUGUUUUGUAUAAUGAGGGAUUUAAAAUGUGUAAGUGCCUUAUUGCGUGAAACAAAUGAAAGGUGUUCAUACCCCUGAACAGAGCAAUGUGGGAAUUCCUGUUCUGUGGACUCCUACAGUUACACUAAGCCAAAGUAAUGAGUUUUGGUUUGUUGAGAAAGUUGACAAAUGUUAAAUUAGGGAAGAAGUUAGUCUAUCAUAAAAGUAAUCUGGCAUGCUUAUUUUAAUUCUGAUGAUCUCAUUCCUGUGGCUUUUUUAACUUGCUCUUUGCCUCCAUCCCUUCCCCUGACUCCCAUCUUCCUUCAGACUUCUGCAGAAAUGCAUCUUAAGUUGUUAGAGUAAGUCUGGCUCCUCCAACAUAAGAAGCCAUGAGUUUUCCACCACUGAAGAAAUGCAGCCUGUUGGAGAGGAGAAUUGAGCACAGCCUGUUGUGGCUGCACCUGCCAGCUCAGGGGCUCACUAGUGCCUUGUUCACACUGAUUGUUGGAGGUGGAAGCAGCAAGGAAUAUGGCAGAUGGAGGUGCACUGCAACUAGGCUGGGGCUUAAAGCAGGUUGAGAGUAUUUCAGUGUUAUCCAGCUGGAGCUAACAUAUCCUGUUAAUAUAAAUUGGUAACUCCUCUGGGGUGGGUAUCAUGGUGGACAAAACCAGCAAUCAAGAUGGUGGCGCAGCUCUGGAAUCUCUGCCCAGCCCUUCACGGCAGGGUGGGAGGUGUGAUUUGGAAAAGUAUUACUCACUUUGCCAUCUUCUGAUAGCUUCGAAAUGGGUGUUGUGGGGUUUAUUUCUUCUUACUUCGUUUUCCAGAAGACAUUGGAAUUUUCCCCUUUAGGUUCUAAACUUACUAAAGGAUCUGUUUGUUCUUUCUAGUAUUUAUGCCACUGUUGUCCAUCUAUUAUUGAAGUUAGGAAUAAGCUACUUUUCUAAAACUACCUUGAAUUUCAUGAAUUUAUGGGAGCAAUUACCUGUCAAAAAAAAAAGAAGUAUAAAAGGUAAUUAUCAGAAGGAAAUUGAGUUAAUGGGGGAUUAGAAGAAAAAUUAUGCUUAGAAGGUCUUAUUUUUUAUAGAUUCAUGAUCACAAGAUGGUUUUAAUAUGUUCCAUUUCCUCCACUGAGAAUUUGUAAAGGAAAGCAGGAGAAAUUAAGAUUAAUAUCCCUUUGAACCUCUUAUUUUCUUGAAACUCUUGAGUUUUUCAGAACUGUAGGAGGGGCUUUUUUUCCGCCCUGGAGUUACUAAUUGGUAAUAUAGCUUUCACAUACUGUGAACACUACUGUGACUGUUUAGUCAGGAUUCAGCUUGCAUAUCUAAAGGUUUUGGUGAUAGGGAUUUUGAUUUAGAGCCAUACUGCGAUCAAAUUAUAAGUGAAUUAUUACAUGUCUUAAUGACUUCUAUUUCAGCAUUAUCUCAAAAUUUUAAAAUUUGAUCCUUCUAUAUAAUCCAUUAAAUAGAAGAUGCCAUAUGUCAAAAUACUCCAUCAACCUUAUGAGUUACUGUUUAUUUUUACUAGUUAUUUUCUUAAAUGAAUGUUUUUCUCUCCUAGAACCAGCAUUCACGCAACCAAAAUGCUGAUAAGAUUUUCCCAUUAUCUUUGUCUUGCAUUUAGCUACAACUGUAUUUUCUGUUGCCUAGUAUUGCAACAGUGGUCUUCAUGCUGUAAUAACUUGAUAAAAUAUUCAGUAGUCUUGGGCAAUAUUUUACAAAUAAUUCAUCUUCAAGUUGGUAUUUUAAAUGUAUACCAAUAAUCACUGUUGAGUGUGCUACCUAUGUGGCUGCUUUAGUUCAUGUCAAUGUUUUGUAAGAAUUAUUUCUUGCUACCCUCUUCAGAGUGCCUUUUCAUUUAGGAGGUCUAGAAUGAUGGUUCAUUGAAGUCUUCUGUUGAAUCUACCAUAGUAAUGUCUGAUCUUUAAACUUGUCCUGAUGAAUGUAUAACUAAAAUCUUGUUCUUUAAAAAGCUAUAGUAGACACAGGUUGUAAAUGCACAUGUACAUGCAUGGAUACAAGGGAAGGUAUUCUGCCAAUGUUUGUCCUGCUGGACAGGACCUUUCGAAAGUAAGUGAAUUUUUUAACAGUUUUAUUUUCAAAAUGUUACCUCACUAGUAUUCAGUAGUAGAUGUGUCUCUGUAUUGCUUCACUUUGCUAAAUACAAUCACUGUAGGCAGUUUAAUUUUUAAAAGACUCUGCGAUGAAUCUGGUGUUCAUAUGAGACUGAAUUUCGUAAGACAGAACUUACGGUACUUUGUUUCCUUUAAAGGCAUUCCUUUCACUUAUACUGACAUCCCAAGCCCCUGUUAGCAACAGACUGAAAAAGUGCUUCCCCAUGAUGAAAUGGAAGAAUGUAAAGUCGCAUUUCAAUGCACUCCACCCAUCUUAGAAUCAAUAUUCAGAAAUGGGGGCGGGGGGCAGUGGAUUUGGUUAAUUGUGGGGAGACAUACAUUGUAGAGUUCAUUCACUUGCACACAAGGGGUUUUACAAUGUCCUCUAGUAAUGUCUACCUAAUAAAGUUUUGAAAAAGAAAAAUUAAA